UUAUUUAUUUACAAAUGUGGAAAAUGUUCGACGAUGUCCUUGAAUGUAGCGAGUGUGGUGGUGCUCUCGGCCCACCACCACAAUUCAUGAUACCACCACCACCCCGACCACCAUCUAUGGCCGUAUAUGAAGCGUCGGCCAAUUGUAAUGAAGAGGAAAUGGCGUUAAGGGCUCAACAAGCCUGGGACAACGAUAUGUGCGAAUCUAUACCGAUCCUAGAUGCCAGUCUCUACAGUAGUCAAACUCUGCAGACAUCAGCAAUGAUUGCCGUAUUCUCGCUGCUUUUAGUGUUGGUCGUAUUGAUCUCAUCGCUGUUUGUAUGGAAAAACAAACGAAAAGUUCAAAAUCUUUUGCCUUGUAAAACACCCAACCGAGGACCCCUAGCAGCCCUUACUGCUGGACAUACCGUAACCUAUGAGGAUCCCGAUGCUCACCUAGGUCAUCACAGACCUCUGGUAAUGCGCCACCAUCAUAACAUUGAGAUGUUGCAUACCAAGAGCAUUCACUACCCAAGCGGAUAUCCCAUGACGAGAUCCCCUCCGUUCUUGGUUACAAAUUCUCCCGGUCCAGACCCCUAUCGCUCGAACGACAAUGUGUACGAGGAAUUGGGUGCCAACCGCGAUUCUGACGGUGAAAGUGAACCACCCCUACAUUCAGAUGAUGAUUUUGCUGAGGACGAACUCUCCUUGCCAGGAGAGCGUUCAUUCAACAAACCCAACAAUACCGAGUCAACGAGUGCUGCAGCCAACACUCAACUGGAGCAUCCCAACAACUCUAUGCCAACAACAUCGAAUGCAUCAACCAAUGUGCACGAGCGUAAUAGUGUUCUGUCAUCGGAUUCAUCCAAUCAGGACGCCUCAACGGCUACUGCGGCGUCUUCGAGCUCGUCACACAGUAAUAACAACACAAAUGUGAAUUCCUUGACCACCAGAAGUUGCGGGCCUUCCACCUUAUUAUCCGGCAUGAUGAGACAAACAACGGGACGCAGGUCAUCGGCAGUCGUAGCUCGAUCACGAAAUGAUCGUAGAAGUACAACAACCGAAGAUUUGAAUACGUCGGCAUCCACCGCCGAGGUUACCGACCUGACACCGUUGCAGCACAUGUAUGACAACGGAAGUAAUCUUAUGGCUUUGGGAUAUCCGAAUAUGUCAGCCCAUGUCCCGCCCCACUUCUACAACACCAUAGAAAGUGAAGUGGAUAGACGAAACCGCAUCAACGCCCAACUGAAGAAUAAAACAGGCCCAGCAGUUGCAACUAUUUUCGGCGAACGCAUGCACUAUAUCGGUAGUGGUAGAUAUCCGCAGCCAUACUGUGCAUCCAAUGGUGCAAAUGGCUUUUUGACGAGUUCAAUGAGAACUAGAACGAAUCCACGCUCAGUGGAUAGAAGAAGAGGCCGUAUGGUAGCUCCACCAGACAGUCUCGAACCAGCAUAUGGUUACACAGAACCUAUCUAUCACCAAAACUACCACUAUGAAUCCUGCAGCAUACCCAACAACCGCAUUCCAUUACCCAUCGCAUCAUACCCUGCCUACAUCAUGCCCGAAUAUAGCUCCGGAAGCAUGUCCUCUGGCUACAGACACAACCAUCCUGCCUCGCAAACCUACCAAAAUGCAACACCGCUCUACGCGCACGGAGACUCUAGUUUCGGAUCCGAUUCUGGAUAUAGUCACCAUACACCUGCCUCAUCCAUUGGUCGUCACGACUACGACAUUGCCAUUCCCAUACCUCCAGCGCCACCUGCACCUGCACAGAAACCACCCAGUAAACUAGCGAGCGCGCUAAGUUUUUCAUGGCACAAACGGAAAUCGAACAACAACAACGCACAGAAUAUAACUGCUAUGAAUAUGCUACCAACAUCAGCCCAAAACACAGCGCCCUCCACCGAGGCAUCUAGUCCAAACAAUAACAGCGCCUCCUCUACAAUCACUUCCACUCUGGAGAAUACGUCGUCGUCAUCGAGCGGUGCACCUCAGUCGCAAAACAACAACGAGCUGUUGCAGGCGUGA